AUGCAUCUGUUUUCUAUUGUCAAGUUGCUUGCAGUGGCAGCUCCAAUCGUUGCAUCUGUCCUGCCGACCUCUGAAGGACCGCACGUCGAGACGGUACAGCGAGCCACAUCUUUUCAGCCUUUGCGACCGAUAUCACUUCCCGACAACCGAGGAGUCAGGAAACGACAAAACGUACCCGUGGCCAUUCCGAUUCCAGUCACCUUUGAUAUCCUCGUGUCCACACUCUGGGGCGAGAGUAUACAAGUCGUUGGUUCGACUUCUGAGCUGGGAAGUUGGGACACUGUGAGCGCCGUGUCUCUCACCGCUGCGCAAUAUACUUCUGGAAACCCACUAUGGUCGAUUACCGUGGACAUAGCAGCGGAUACAAAGCUGACGUACAAGUUCAUUCGAAUCCUUACGGAUGGUAGUGUGGAAUGGGAAGCGGGUCCUGACCGCACAUAUACGGUCCCAAGCAAUGGAGCUACUGCUGCCGAGAUCUCGGCCUCGUGGCAAAGUAGCAUAAGCACUACGCAGACGAGUACCGCCACACCAACGCGCUCUGUCUCGACCGCAACUUCUGUGCCAACUGCAGUAUGCACGAAUGGCCCGACGUCUCGCGGAUGCUGGGACAGCCGUUUCUCCAUUGACACGGAUUUUGACGAGGAUUGGCCCAGCACGGGCAGGGUGGUAUCCUACGAUUUGACCAUCACCAACACAACAUUGGCCCCCGACGGAUUCUCGCGCCCAGUGUUUGCCGUCAAUGGACAAUAUCCAGGUCCCACAAUCUACGCGAACUGGGGAGACACCAUCAAAGUCACCGUCAACAACCGGAUGGAGAACAAUGGUACCGCUAUUCAUUGGCAUGGUUUCAGAAUGUGGCACGCCAAUGGCCAGGAUGGCGUACCGGGUGUAACUGAAUGUCCCAUAGCACCCGGAAAAAGCAAGACGUACACCAUGACUGCAACCCAGUAUGGAACCUCGUGGUAUCAUUCCCAUUUCUCUUCGCAGUACGGCGAUGGUGUGGUCGGGCCCAUAGUGAUCUACGGCCCAGCCACCGAAAACUAUGACAUUGAUCUGGGACCCCUACCCAUUACAGAUUGGUACUAUCCGACUGUAAUGCGAACAGCCUCGAUAGCGAUGCAUUCCAACGCUCUCGCGCCUACUGCUGACACCGGAUUGAUAAAUGGCACCAUGGUCUCCACUUCUGGUGACGGUGGACGUUACUCUCGGACUGUACUCACGGCGGGGAAGAAGCAUCGUCUACGAUUGAUCAACACUGCGGUGGACAAUCAUUUCAUGUUUAGCCUUGACAACCACAUGUUCACUGUCAUAUCUGCCGACUUCGUCCCGAUUGUUCCAUACAACGCCACCUGGAUUUUCAUCGGCAUCGGCCAGCGAUAUGAUGUGGUGUUCACAGCAGAUCAGGAACCCGGCAGCUACUGGUUCCGAGCGCAGUCGCAAGAUGGCGCAGGUUGUGGUUCUAAUUUCCAGAACCAGAACAUAAGGGCUGUGUUCUCAUACGAAGGUUUUGAAUCUGUGCUUCCCGAGUCUUCUACAACGGGCUAUGUGCAGCGCUGCACCGAUGAAGCCGACCUUGUUCCUUACUGGAACUCAUAUGUUCCGCAGGGCGACAUCCCGGAUAGUCUUUCGGAGCUCAACGUCCAUCUUAACCAGUCCACGGGGGCGGAUGGAACACUCACGCUGUACUGGCAGGUCAACGAUACUCCGCUCCGGACAGAUUGGGCCAACCCCACAACCAUGUCUGUUCGAGAGGGCAAGACCGACUUUCCGGACCGUGCCAAUGUCAUCAAGCUGCCAACAUCAAAUGUCUGGACAUACUGGGUCAUGACUCAGGGAGGCGGCGUCCCGUUUGAUGUUCAGAUUCCCCAUCCCAUCCAUCUCCACGGACACGACUUUUACAUCCUGGGCGCGGGUACGAGUGCGUGGACGGAUGCAGACAGAGAAGGGCUAAACUACGACAACCCCAUCAGGAGAGAUGUGGCGAUGCUGCCGUCCAACGGAUGGCUGGCCAUAGCAUUCCUAACCAAUAAUCCCGGCGCUUGGUUGGCCCAUUGUCAUAUUGCAUGGCAUGCGGAUGAAGGGUUCGCAGUGCAAUUUCUGGAAGCGGCCGACACUAUGCUUGACAUUGAUCCUCUGCCGACGGACUUUGACGAGCAGUGCGAUGACUGGGAUUUCUACUACAAAUCUGCUAUGUAUCUGCAGAGCGACUCUGGCAUAUAG